CAUGGUCGGGGAUGUUAGCUAGCUAGGCUAAUGCUAACUUAACCAGCCCGCUAGCUGACUAAUAACAACACCAUAAAUAUGGAAUUCAAUCGGAUAACUAACUAGACGACAGAUGGGUUUUAAAACACAGUGGCUAAUAUCCACAAAAGCGUCUAAAGAGCUUUAUUGGUUAGGCUAUUUUCGCUAGCAAGCUACCGAGGUGUCUGACUAACUGUUGUUGCUAUUGAAAGAAGCGUUCCGUCCACUAGAAUUAGACGUCACACUAGCAGGAUUACCUUAAAUUCCCAGACCGCCAUCUGUUGACUGGAGUGGGUAACGCAGUUGAGUAAAAUGUACAGUCCUGACCAAAAGUUUUGAGAAUGACACAAAUAUUAUUAGCAGUAGCGGUAUGGACCUAGUCUGUUCAUUAUAUACAUCUACAUGAUGUAUUGUUACACCAUGUAGGAGCAGUAUAGACCUAGUCUGUUCAUUAUAUACAUCUACAUUAUGUAUUGUUACACCAUGUAGGAGCAGAAUAUACCAAACUGCCUUAAAUGUGCUGUAGUAAACAUUUUUUAUUCGCACUAAUCAAUCAACAGAUUCAGGUCUUUGUAUGUCUCAAUAUAAUAGUAUUAUUUAAUUAAAUCCAUUUACAAUAAUCUUUGUCUGAAAGUAAAAUAUGAUCCGCAACUGCGUUUCCCACUCCAGUCAGCAGACGGCGACGUGCGUCUUUCAGGCAAUGCUGCCAGCGUGACGUAUAUUCUAGUGGACGGUUCUUCAUAAACAGCUCGUCACCCACCUCGGUAGCUUGCUAGCCAACAUAGCCGAAAGAUUCCAGCUAUUUAUACGCUUUCGGUGUAUAUUAGCUACUGUGUUUUAGACACACUUCUGUCGUAUCUACUUGUUAACCUAUAUAAUAUAAUAUUACGUCAUUUUUUAUUAGUCAGCUAUAGUAGCUGGCUGGUUAAGUUAGCACUAGCCUUGUCGCUAAUGAUAGCUAGCUAGCUAACAUCCCCGACCAUGAGCUCCCUAAACUACUCUCCUCCUGUUAAAGAAGAGGUCUGCUGGACGGAGAAAGAAGCUCUGGGGCUGAAUAUUGUCGUGAAAGAGGAAAAGGAAGAAGAGGAUGUGACAGUAAAACAAGAAGUAGGGGGUGAGGCUGUUACAGUGAAAGAAGAAGAGAAAGACGUUUCAGUGAAAGAAGAGGAAGACGCGUUCAGAGUGAAGGAGGAGGAUGUUGCAGUAAAAGAAGAGGCGGAAGAGAAAGAGGAGGAUGUUACAGUAAAAGAAGAGGGGGAAGAGAAAAAGGAGGAUGCCGUUUUUGGAUUGAAGAAGGAAGGGGAGAUUACUGUCACAUUGAAAGAUGAAGAGGCGGAGAUAGGAGAUCUGAUUAACACCACAGAGAGACUGGACUACCGUGGGUCCUCUGGGGAGCCUCAACAACCUCAUGAUGCUGACAAGGCAGAGAAGAGUCUCUCCACAUCAGAACACCUCAAGAAACACCCGCAGAGAUCUUCAGGGAAAAAACCUCACUGCUGCUCUGACGGUGGGAAGAGAUUCACCUCCUCAGCAGGCAUUAAAAUUCAUCAGAGAAUCCACACAGUGGAGAAACCUUUUAGCUGUACUCAAUGUGGGAAGAGUUUUACUCAUUCAACCAGCCUGAUAUCACACCAGAGAACACACACAGGAGAGAAAUCUUAUAUCUGUAGCUGUGGUAUAUGUGGGAAGAGUUUUACUCGGCUAAGCACCCUGAUAUCACACCAGAGAACACACACAGGAGAGAAACGAGAGAAACCGUAUAACUGUGAUGAAUGUGGGAAGAGUUUUGAUACAUCUAGCCAUCUUAUUGUACACCAAAGAACACACACAGGAGAGAAACCAUAUAGCUGUACUCAGUGUGGGAAGAGUUUCUUUACAUCUAACCAUCUGAAGAUACACCAGAGAACACACACAGGAGAGAAACCUUUUAGCUGUACUCAAUGUGGUAAGAGUUUUACUCAGCUAAGCAGCCUGAUAUCACACCAGAGAACACACUCAGGAGAGAAACCGUACAGCUGUAAUGAAUGUGGGAAGAGUUUUACUCACCUAAGCAGCCUGAUAUCACACCAGAUAACACAGACAAGAGAUAAACCAUACAGCUGUCAUGAAUGUGGGAAGAGUUUUAUUAGCCAAAGCAGCCUGAUGUCACACCAGAGAACACACACAGGAGAGAAACCUUAUAGCUGUACUCAAUGUGGGAAGAGUUUUGUUCAAUCUGGCAAUCUAAAAGUACACCAGAGAACACACACAGGAGAGAAAUCUUAUAUCUGUGGUCAAUGUGGGAAGAGUUUUGUUCAAUCUGGUAGUCUAAAAGUACACCAGAGAACACACACAGGAGAGAAAUCUUAUAUCUGUGGUCAAUGUGGGAAGAGUUUUUCCUCAUCUAGCAGCCUGACUCAACACCAGAGAACACACACAGGUGAGAAAUCUUAUAUCUGUGGUCAAUGUGGGAAGAGUUUUAAUACAUCCAGCAUUCUGACUCGACACCAGAGAACACACACAGGAGAGAAACCUUAUACCUGUGAUCAAUGUGGGAAGAGUUUUACUCAGCUAAGCGGCAUGAUAUCACACCGGAGAACACACACGGGAGAGAAACCGUAUAGCUGUGAUCAAUGUGGGAAGAGUUUUGCUACAUCUGGCCAGCUGACUUUACAUCAGAGAACACACACAGGAGAGAAACCUUAUAGCUGUAAUCAAUGUGACAAGAGAUACUCUGAUAAAAGGUGUCUGAUCAAACAUCAGAAAAUACAUGAAGGAGUUGUUUCAUGAUAUCAAUGAAUUAAUGUUGAAUGUUAACAUUUGUAGUAGGAGUAUUUGAAUAAUGUCACAAUACACACAUGAAGAAGUUGUUUCAUGAUAUCAAUGAAAUGAAAUGAUGUCACAAUGUAGAAUGUUUUAACAUUGUAGUAGGAGUAUUUUAAUGAUGUCACAAUGUAGAACCCUAAACGUUUGCCUCCUUAUUAUUUGAUUUCAACAUGAUAUGGAUAUUAGCCUCAGGGGGAAAAUCCAGGCUCUGAAAUGGAAGAGUACUAUUUAUUUGAUUUAACAAAAAGUGACUCACACAAAAAGAGCUGUGUUACACUUACCAUGUUGGUGACCCACUUGAAUCAAAAUGCAACACAAAAUGUAGCGAGCUGUUUUCUACAAAUUGUCCUCUAACCUGUGAUGUACACAUUACUCCCAGAUUCCGUGUGGUUUUUGAGCUGUUAGUUUUAACAGGACGUGCAACCUCAUCUCCCUCCUCUCGCACAAUUGAUUUCAACAUGAUAUCGAUGAGUGAUGACAAAUAAGUGUUGUGUUCCUUUGUUUCGUGACUCCUACAUUUCAAUGCAUCACUCCAAAAUGUAGCUGACUGUCUUCUGCAGGUUGUCCUCUAACCAGUGAGGUGAAAUAUAUCUCCCAUUUCCAUGUGUUUUUUUAGUUGUGUUAGUUUCAACAGCACGUACAACUUAAUUUCCCUCCUAAUUGAUAUCAGUGAUUUAUUGCUACUUGUCAAAACAACAGCGUUUCUGGUUCUUGUGCAGUUUAUAAGGAGCUUGUUUUAAAAAAUACAAUUAUUGUGGCAGAUGUUUGUGUAUAUACCACAUGUUAGAUUUUCAAUUUAUCCCAAACUGUUUCUGCAUAUUGGUUAUUGAUUUGGACAUGUUAAAACUGUGUUUUGACAUUGGGUUAUCCCACCUAGCAACUAUGCAAUCAAAUAUUUCAUAUUUACAUUUCAUGUAACAUUUAGUAGUGAUAUUUAUUCAUGCAACCAACUGACAAUUUUUUGGAUAGAAUUAUAUUGACAUUGUUACCCUGCUUUUAGAAUAUCAGGGUUAAUUCUCACAUGUGCCAAACCAAAUGUACUAGAGCAUGACAUUGGGGACUGGGCCCCGAUCCAACAACAUGCCUUUCGAGUGAACCCUGAUAAGGGAGAGAAGCUCUGCAGUUAGGUGGAAAGUUACUAUGGAUAUUGCAGGAGUUUCCUCUUGAAAUCAGACUUGUCUGUGGUAAGGACAACUUGGUUGCUGAUUGUCUCAAGGGUGGGCAGUCAGAAUGCUUUGUGUUUUGCGUUUAGCCUGUGCGUUGCCAUGGAUCACAAUUUAUUUUGACUGCACGUUUUUCCGUAUUGGAGAUUAAUUUUGUUUGGGCUCGUUUCAAGGGGACGAGAGUUCUAGAAGCUAGUGAGGUUUCGGUUUCUUUGUGUGAAAAAUAAAUCUGUUUUUUAAUUGUUGUUAGACAGACACCACGUUUAUAUUGUAGAAGGUGAAGCAUUGUAGUUGAUUAAAAUGUGAAAUGGAAGUUGUUUUCUGUUGGUGGUGCACAUUCUCUUAAGGUGUUACAGUCUUUGGUUUUGAGGUUUGGACUUCAGAAUGUAUAGCUCGUUAGCACGUAGGACACACUUAUUGGUGUCACCUCGUUGGUCAGUAUGUGUCACACCUGUGCUGGCUUGUCCAUCUCGUUAGUGGGAAGGCGUUUCACCUGAGCUGGUCCAUGUUCUAUUUAAGAGUGUCUGGUCCAGUACUCUAGUUGUCUUGAUAGAUGUCCAGGUGGGUCUCAUGGUGGGUGUCUUUUAGGUCCCAGUUGUUGUUUCCAGUCAAUUUUCAGUGGACUUUCAGAUCCCUUCCUAAAAAAAACAAGCUUAAAUUUUGGGAUGGAUAUUGCAUCCAAUUAAUAUUUUAAUCAAUGGCAUUUCCUUAGGGUGCCCAUCAGUCUUUCAGUUGUUAGUCUUCUGUUUGUUGUGUACUAAAUAUUUCAUUUUUUAAUUUGUUUUGUCCUGUGAAGCCAUAGUGUUGCAUCCAUGUCUGAAAUGUGCUGCAUAAAUAAAGCUUGAUUAGAUUUCAA